UCUUCAAUUGCCAGUAAUGAACGAGAGCGGAAUUCCGAAAAAGAAUGCAAUGUUGGAGGAAGGCAAGACAGGUGUUCCCCGUGAUGAGAGCGAGGAUAGUAACGAUAAACCAAGUAUCCUGUCAAGUGCAACACGUGAUGAUCUCGAGGAAGAAAUGCUAGAUUACGUAUCUAACAGCACGGCAAUUUUCAAGAGCCAACAGAAGGGAGAACCCGAGUUGACGUUCGAGGAGAAACGUGCCAUAGCUAAGGAACUGUUGGAGAAGAACUGCUGCUCAUUUUUGUCCAAGUUUGGGCAUUACUUGAGGGAGGAGCAUUUAAAGUAUUUUAGCAGAAAGGAAGAUUACGAGACGGCCUAUCACGUGAAUAGGUUGCGAAGAUAUUUCAAUAAUUUGACACGGCAUGUCGACGUCAGGAAUAGAAGGUACGAAGCUUUGAAGAGGCUGAUAGAGAAGGGCGAGUACUUCAGCGAGUGUGAAAUGAUGAAGAGGAAUCCGUUGUUGUAUGAACAUCUGGUGGGACAGUACUUGACAGAAAAGGAGAAGAAAGCCAGGGACAGUAUCGACACGCGUAAUAUGAAUUAUGUGGAUGUACUUAUGGAGACUAUGGAGAGAGACAAACUGCAAAAACAUCUUAAGUCGCAGCAAAAGGAAGAGGACAGUGUGCGAGAAGAAAAUGAUUCUGAUGAUGAUGAUAAUGAUGAUGAUGAUGGUGAUGACAGUCAUGACGACGAUGGAAAAGACAGUGUCACAUCCAAGACAAGCAAUUCUAACGAACAGACUCGUUUUCAAUGGGGUAGAUAUUUAAAUGAGACGACAGAUAACAGUGAUAAGAACAAAGAUAAAACAUUGCUGAAUAGUAAAAUGCGACACAAGAUAUCGAAUGAAGAAAUACAAUUGCUUAGACAAGAAUUUCUCACAAACAUGUAUCAAAGUUUCCUGGAUGGUAAAGAUAGAGAUUUUGACUACAGCACUGUGGAUGACAAUGAGACUUAUGAUAACAUAGAAUUGAGAAAUCAGGAUGAGGAAGAAAAGUACUUUGAUUCCGAGUCUCCUGAAACUUUGCUCUCACAUAAUGAAAGCAAUGAUCAAAGCGAAUCUGAAGAUGAACUGGAUGCAUAUAUGAGAACACUGAAGCCAAUGACACCUGCCAUGACGGGGAUGGAAGAUCAAGAGAAACUACUGGAAGACGCGAUCGGUGUAGUGAAGGUCCAAGCUUUUCAGAUGAAACAUUGCCUCGAUAAGUCCAAACUGAUGGACGCCCUCAAACACGCCUCCACCAUGCUGGGAGAACUUAGGACUUCGCUUCUGAGUCCAAAAAGCUACUACGAAUUGUAUAUGGCGAUCACCGAUGAAUUACGGCAUUUGGAGCUUUAUCUGUUGGAUGAAUUCCAGAAAGGAAGGAAAGUUACGGACCUCUAUGAGUUAGUACAAUAUGUUGGCAAUAUUGUACCUAGGCUCUACUUACUCAUCACUGUUGGUCUGGUUUACAUCAAGACGACUCCAGGCUUGAAGAGGGAUCUUUUGAGAGAUCUCGUGGAAAUGUGCAGGGGUGUGCAACAUCCUCUGCGAGGUCUGUUCUUGCGAAAUUAUCUGCUGCAAUGCACAAGAAACAUUCUGCCGGACGUUGCCGAGAGCGAUGAUGAGGAUGGGACUGUCCGUGACAGCAUAGAUUUUGUUCUCAUGAAUUUUGCAGAAAUGAAUAAGUUGUGGGUACGCAUGCAACAUCAGGGUCACAGUAGGGACAGGGAGAGGAGAGAGAGGGAGAGAGAGGAGCUCAGAAUUCUUGUGGGAACCAAUCUUGUACGACUUAGUCAGUUGGAGUCUGUGACGUUAGAUAAAUAUAAGAAGCUUGUACUACCAGGCAUCCUGGAGCAAGUGGUUAGUUGUAGAGACGCAAUAGCGCAGGAAUACCUCAUGGAGUGUAUAAUUCAGGUGUUUCCCGACGAAUUCCAUUUACAGACGUUAAAUGCAUUCCUGAAGUCCUGUGCAGAAUUGCAAACCGGAGUAAACGUUAAGAACAUAAUCAUAUCGUUGAUUGAUCGGCUUGCAGCCUUUAGUCAACGGUCGGACGGUGUAGGAGGGCCGGGGAGCCCUAAUCAAGUACCAGGAAUUCCACAAGACGUUAAACUUUUCGAUGUAUUCAGUGAUCAAAUCGCUACUAUUAUACAGACAAGGCAAGAUAUGCCUCCUGAAGAUAUUGUGUCACUUCAAGUAGCUCUUAUAAACUUAGCGCAUAAAUGCUAUCCUGAUCGCGUGGAUUAUGUGGAUAAAGUUUUAUUCACCACCGUUCAGAUAUUCCAGAAACAAAAUAUCGACAAACUGGAGUAUAAUAGCGCCGUCUCGAGAGAGCUGGUGAGAUUAAUGAAAAUCCCUGUAGACAACUAUAAGAACAUAUUAACCGUGCUGAAGCUUGAACACUAUGCACCCCUCCUGGAUUACUUCGAUUACGAGGGUAGAAAACUGCUGGCCAUCUACAUAAUAACAAAUAUCUUAGAGAACGAAACGUUAAUACCGACUCAGGAGCAAGUGGACGCUGUACUGUCCAUGGUAUCGCCUUUGGUGCAAGAUCAGCCGGAUCAGCCUAACAUAGAGGAGGAUCCCGAAGAUUUCGCCGAAGAGCAGGGGCUGCUCGGCAGAUUAAUACAUCAUUUUAAGUCAGAGACGGCGGAUCAGCAGUACAUGAUACUGAGUGCCGCAAGGAAGCACUUCAGUACCGGCGGUAACAAGAGAAUAAAGUACACUCUGCCGCCUAUAGUUUUCCAGAGUUAUCAAUUGUCCUUCACCUACAAGGCAUUGAAAGACCAGGAUGAGAUGUGGCAAAAGAAGUGUCAGAAAAUCUUUCAAUUCUGUCACACCACUAUCACAGCUCUGAUGAAGGCCGAAUUGGCUGAAUUACCUCUGAGGCUCUUUCUGCAAGGCGCAAUAGCGAUUGGCGAGAUCCGUUUCGAUAAUUUUGAGAUGGUGGCGUACGAAUUCAUGAGCCAAGCGUUCUCGAUAUACGAAGACGAGAUAAGCGACUCGAAAGCUCAGCUCGCAGCGAUUACCCUGAUCAUUGCCACAUUCGAACAAAUGAGUUGCUUUGGCGAGGAGAAUGCAGAGCCCGUUCGCAAUCAGUGCGCUCUGUAUGCCAGUAAGUUGCUGAGAAAGCCCGAUCAGUGUAGAGGAGUCGCAACCUGCUCCCACAUAUUUUGGUCCGGGAAAUCUCUAGCUACGAAUGGAAAGGAGAUGCAAGAGGGCGGCAAAGUAUUAGACUGUUUGAAGAAGGGCAUUAGGAUAGCGAGCCAAUGUAUGGACACGUCGGUGCAAGUGCAACUAUACGUAGAGUUGCUGAAUCAUUACAUUUACUUCUAUGAAAAAGGAAACACAGCCGUGACUGUACAGAUAUUAAAUCAAGUAAUUGCGAAAAUUAGGGAGGAACUUCCCAAUUUGGAGGCGAGCGAGGAAACUGAUCAGAUACAAAAGCAUUUAGCGAACACGUUAGAACACUUAAGAAACAGGAUGGAGUCGCCAGAAUCUGAUGGGCUUUCUUAUCAAGACCUUGUCCUUUAACAACGCGGAAUCGGCAUUGUAAUUUUGUAAAUAAUACAUAUUUCUAGAAUAUAAAAAGCUAGGCCGGUUGCGCCAACAACGAUUAGCGUUGAUCCCGAUUAAUUUAACUUUCAUUCUCGAUCUUUAUUGUAAACAGCUUACGAAGGAGGACGAAAUAAAAUCGCUAAUCGAGGAUCAAUUAUUCAUGGUUGUUGUCGCAACUCAAUAAUUCUGAGAUUAUACAUUUCAUAGCCCGUAAAAUGGAUGUUCAAACUGUAUCAAAUUGCCUACAUUAGAUGACUUGUUAACGAUGUAUCGAAAAUAUAUAGGAAUUCUCAGAAUAAUAUGUAUAUUUGUUUUAAUAAAAAUUUACAUUACA